CACCGUUGAUAUUUUAAAUAAUUUAUAAACGUUAUUUGAAACAAAUUUUAAAUGCAGCAGACAUCAAGUCACAAUAAGAAUAAAAGAGCAAUAUUACUGGAAAUACACAGCAUAGCACCAUAAUCUAGUACGAAAUAGCUCUAAGCUCAUUGGAAAGACAUUGGAAGUUUAUAAUAAAAUUGAAUUAAAAACAUAGUUCUCAUUGAAAUCUCGCAUAAAUCAAAUAAGAAAGCAAAUAUUGAGCUAUCACAUCCGAUUUAUUUAUUUAUCAGAUUCUGUUUAUCGGAACUAGAAGGAUAUUGACUUUCAUUCAGCUUUUCUUACUUCCAGUUGACUGGAAAUUUGUUUAUAUACCUAAAUAUAAAAAAAAAGGAAUUUUCAAUGAACAAAAGACUCUCGGUGAAAAAAUUAAAAAAAUAUAUGAAUUUAACAUAAUUAAUGACAUAAAAGUGUGUAAAUAAAUGCCUAACUGGAUAUAGAAUACGAAAAUAGUGAAUGUGGCUAAAUCUGAGCAUUAAAAAUGAGAAAAUUGUGCAAAAAUAGUAAUGCACGUAAAAGUUCAUAAAUCAAACUGCAUUAACUGUGCGAAAAAGAUUGUAUUCUGUGCUUCAUUGUGAAAAUGUAGUGCUAUUAAUUCUAAUAAAAGGUCUGAAAGUUGUGGAAAAUGAAGUACUUAACAUGAAAAAGAAGAGAAAAAGUGCAAAAUUAUUAAGUUAAAACAAAAAUGGUGAAUUAGACGAUAUGAGGAGAAAGAAAAUGUGAAAGUACACUUCAUUUAGCUUAGAAUUAGUGAAAAUAAAAAGAAUCAUAAAUGUUGGAUAUACAUGAGCUAAACAAUUAUAAUAGUGAUAUUUUAACUUAAUUAAAUAGCUGCUGUAAAUGUGGCAACAAUGCAGUGUUAAAAGACAUUUGUUAAUAAUGUAAUGGAACAUAAAAAGUCAGUAGAAAGCAGCAGAAUUUAAGCAAUUACAAUAUCUAGAUUGGAUAUACAUUUUUUUGUUGUUUCCUUACUAUUAAAAAAGAAUUGAGAGGUCAUGCUACAUAUUGAAUCAUCGCGGCAGAAUAAAGGAAACAAAUUUCAUUUGAAACAUGCAAUAAAUAUCAAAUAAGAUAAGACAUAGCACACAGCACACAAAGUACACAGAAAAUGGAUUUAUUAUCAAUAAUGAAAUCAACGACGACAAAGGCGAGGACGACAGUAAUUUUAAUAUCAAUUCUCGUCGUAAUCACAAAAACAAAUGGAUUCUGCCCGUCAAAAUGCAUAUGCGAUGGAGAUCUGAACAAUUCGAAAGCAAGAUGCAUAGGAGCAGGCCUUGAUGUUGUGCCAAUACAAUUGAAUCCAAAUGUUAAGCACAUAAAUCUAACAGAUAAUAAAAUUGCUACAGUCUAUUCAACGCUAUCCUUUUAUUAUAUGUUGGAGACUUUAGAUAUAUCCAAUAACGCACUGGAGACAUUGGGAACAAAAAACUUUAUUACACAAGAGAAUUUGCGGAAACUUUUUCUGCAACGAAAUGUGAUCAAGAAACUUUAUAAGGAGACAUUCAGAGGAAUGAAUAAGCUAGAAGUUUUGGACUUGGGCUAUAAUCAAAUUAGUGACAUAGAUCCGCUUUCGUUUAGCGAUUUAACGCGAUUGACAUUUCUCGAUUUAACGAAUAAUAGUCUAAUAAGUAUCGAAAAUGGUGUUUUUCAAAAUCUCGGCAAUCUUCACACCCUUUUACUAACAAAUAAUCAAUUGCUGAGCAUUUCACAUGCUGAAAAUUUUGAAUAUCUUCGGCGACUACAAACGUUAGAUUUAUCUGGGAAUCUCAUCAAGCAGAUUAAUAAUAAUAGUUUUCAAUACAUGAAUCACAUGCAAGUCCUUUAUUUGAACGGAAAUAUCAUAGACAGCAUCGAUUUAUUGGCUUUUGAUGGAUUAGUACAGCUGCAACAUUUAAAUCUAUCCGAUAACAAUCUAACAAGCGUGCCAACAGACCAACUUUCCAAAUUAUCAAAUUUAACACAUCUCUCGUUGAGCAGCAACUUUAUUGAGACUCUACAACCUGUCUCUUUUCUCAACUUAUUUCAAUUGCGUGUUUUACAACUGGAUCGGCUUAUAAACUUGAUCAGAAUUGACUCAAGAGCUUUUAUCGACAAUGUGAAUUUACAAGUACUUUCUAUGAACGACAAUGAGCAAUUUUCCGACUUACCUGUGCACUUAUUUCAUGGAAAUUCAAACUUAAUGGAAUUAUCUUUGAGAAAUAACAAGUUUUAUCAAUUGGAUGCUGUUCAAUUGCCACUAGACCAAUUACAAAAACUAUCGUUAACAGACAAUCCAUUUGUUUGUAAUUGUUCAUUGAUUUGGUUGUGGCGUUUAAUCAAGUCAUCGACAGUGACAUCAGCAAAAAACGAUGAAGAUGAAGAGGACGAGAUGGAAAUGGGUAACAAUAAAAGCAAUUUACUCAUCAUUGAUAAAAACAGUAUUGGUUGUGAUAUAAUAAUUAAAAAUGACGAUAAUAAUGUAAAAAUAAUACGUAAGAUGCUUUUAGAUAUGUCUGAAGCUGAUAUCGCAUGCCCAACAAAUAUUCUUACCAUUAUAAGUGUCAUUUUGACUGUAAUUUUUAUAGCUAUAAUUUGCAUAAGUAUACUUAUUAUUAUUAAAUGCUCUCGCUCAUCACAAUUGAAACGAAGACAACAGAAAUUCCUGACAGAUGAGCGACAAAACAUCGGUGAGCUAAUAAUACCUCAAAAAAUUGAUAAGUAUGAACUUGAGCGCUAUUUAGCAGAGCAGCAACAAAAUGCGCAACAUUAUCAAAUUGGCCAUAAUCCACAGCAGCAACAGCAGCUACAUCACACAAUUAAUUCUAGUCAAAAUAAUAAAAAUCAAUAUAUAUUCCAACCCAACUCGAUGGAAUAUCGUUCAUUAAAGAAAUGGGAUCAGACGCUGCCGUCGCCAUCAACAAACAUUCAUCCAGCAUCCACAGCUUCCUUAGCUAUUAAGCCUAAUCAUAAUAAUAGCAGUAAAACAUCAAAAAGAAAUCAUCCAGAUGUUUUUAAUAGUUUUAUUAAUAAUACGAAUCCUUACAGUACUGAGGACGAUAACAAUCUAUCUAAUAUAAGCAAUAAUUUCGAUGAUAAUGACAAUGAUCCGGAAGAUCAUUAUGAAAAUUUUGACGAUAAUUUCCUUAGAGGUACAAGUCAUACGAUGAAAAUUACUCCCUCGGCUAUGCCAAUUGCAAGUACUUUUACUGGAACGUCUGGUAACAACAGUAAAAGUUCACAGAAUAUUACGAAACCACAUAUUGUCUACGUAUGACUUGAUACAUACUCUAAUGUCAAAUUAAUAUAUUAAUUUAGUUAUAUAUAUAUUUUAUUUUUAUUAUUAUUAUACAAUUUUGGUGAGGCACUUGUGGAUUAUACCUGAACAUUUGACAGAUAUUCUCAUGAAUAAUUUAUAUUUAAUAAGCGGAAUUAUUCAUAAACAUUUUUACAUAUCUGGAUCUGCUCGGUAUUAAUCCAUCAGUGUCAGCGCCUUGUCUAUUACAUCAGUUGCUUACAAUCUUAGUCUAUUCUCUUGUUUCAACGGUACUAUUUUAUAACUUAUUUUAAUGCUCUUUUUGGAGUACUUUAGCUAUUUAGAGGUCGUUCAUUAAUGACAUGAUAAGAGGGGUGUAAAUCAAUAGUUUCUCGAAUUCAAUCCCUUCGGGUCAUCAUUGAUGAACGACCCCAUGAUUAAGAAUCUGAAUUUUUUACUUUACCAUGUGCAGCUUAUUACUUGUGCAAUUUUCAGUUUUUAACCAUUCUUAACAAGGUCUCGUUUAUAAAUGAUGUUCAACAUUUAGAGGUUGGGUUGUGUCCAAUGAG